AUUAAAGUAUCAAACAAACGCCAAAAUGGCAAAAACCAUUGGCGCCGAACCAUUGUUUCCUCAAAGGGAUUCUCUUCGCUUCUCCCAUUCAUUCCUUCUUCACUUCCAACUUCCAACACCUCCUUUUCUUUAAUUUAUUUCUUCCCCCUAAAUUAAUAAAUGGCUCUUCUCACUCUCUCAACUCCAAAUCCUUCUCUUUCGCGCAAAACCAAUGUCAAGGUUUCACCAAAAGCACUUCUCUGCAACCAAGCUCGUUCUCUUCUUCUGCUUCUCCACUAUUCUCGGUCUUGCCUUCGUCGCUAAUCUCAUUUGGGAGUCCUUCUCUCAUGGCCACGUAGCAACUACGUCCAAUUGGGUCGUUCGCGACCAAGUUCCCGUUAUUCUCUUUCAGAAUAAUUCUGCCCUUGCCACACUUCAAAAGGGUGGCCACGCUGAAGUUGCAAAAAAGAAUGGCUCUCAAGAUCUCUUCCCAGCAACAUUUGCAGAUAUUCCUGCUCCCAAUUGGAAUUGGGAGGCAAUGCCAUCGGCACCGGUGCCUCGGCUGGAUGGAUAUGCUGUACAGAUUAAGAACAUGUUUUAUGUUCUUCAAGGAUACAGAAAUCUCGACUACGUGCAUUCUCAUGUUGAUGUCUAUGAUUUCAUCAGUAACAAAUGGGUAGAUAGGAUCGAGUCACCAAAAGAGAUGGCUAAUUCACAUUUAGGAGUUGCAACUGAUGGGAGAUACAUAUAUGUGGUCUCAGGACAAUAUGGUCCGCAGUGCAGAGGGUCUAUUAAUCUUGUAUUCGCCUUAGACACUAAAACCAAGCAAUGGAGCAGUUUGCCACCAUUGCCUUUUCCAAGGUAUGCUCCUGCUACUCAAUUAUGGAGGGGAAGACUACAUGUCAUGGGCGGAGGCAAGGAGAAUCGCCAUACGCCUGCACUAGAGCAUUGGAGCCUAGGUGUAAAGGAUGGUAAAGCAUUGGAGAAAAAAUGGCGAACUGAAAUUCCCAUUCCUCGUGGUGGACCUCAUAGGGCUUGCAUUGUGGCAAAUGAUCAGCUUUUUGUGAUUGGUGGACAAGAAGGUGACUUUAUGCCCAAACCAGGCUCACCUAUAUUCAAGUGUUCACGCAGGCAUGAAGUUGUCUAUGGCGAUGUUUAUAUGCUGGAUGACGAAAUGAAAUGGAAAGUUUUGCAACCUAUGCCAAAGCCUGACUCCCACAUAGAGUGUGCAUGGGUGAUUGUGAAUAAUUCAAUUAUCAUCACUGGUGGUACAACUGAAAAGCACCCGGUGACCAAAAGGAUGAUCCUGGUUGGGGAGGUUUUCCAAUUUCAUUUAGAUACACUGACAUGGUCAGUGAUUGGAAAACUUCCUUACCGCAUCAAAACCACAUUAACUGGUUUUUGGGAUGGAUGGUUGUACUUCACAUCAGGGCAACGAGACAGAGGACCGGAUAAUCCGCAGCCAAGACAGGUCGUUGGGGAUAUGUGGAGAACAAAAUUAAGUUUAAGAUAAGUGAGUUUCGAAAUGUCAAACUUCCCCUAAUCUUUUGGUUCAAACAUUAUUUAUCUUUCCAUUUUCAAUUGCUUCACUGCUCUAUUUGGGCAUUGGUUCAGUAAAAUUUGUGUACAUAGGAUAACUUGUUAACUUUGAUUUUGCCACUUCUUUUUUGGUAAAAUAUAUAGAAUUGGUUCCCACUUCCCACUUAUGGAAUAGUUUUUAGGUCACUAGUCGUAAACUUUCGGGUAUCUGUCAGCCGGGAACCAACGACAAAUCUCUAUCCCCUUCGAAGUUUACCUAUGGAAUAGUUAAUGCAGAGAACCUCAUCAGAUAUUUACUCAAGAAAUAGCAUGUUAUUAUGGUUUCCAUUUUGCAAAGGAAAGGCUGAUUGUCAUAAGCACAGUAAAAUUUAGUGCUUUUGCAAGUUGGGGUCUUGAAAGGGAAGGGUUUAUAAAGACUAAAGUGGAAACGAAUUUUACUCUUUCAGAGCCCUUUCAGAACCCCAGCUAUCCAAACCAUUUUAUCUCUUCACAUUUUAUUUUUUUAUGUAAUAUUUUG